AAGAAACUUAAUAAAAAUUAUUUUUUUUUUAAAAAAAAUGAAAUACGUAGCUUAAGGAGGCAAGCAGAAUUUUGGCUACAGGGGUGUAAAGGCUGGAUCUACACCUGCAGCAGAAUUAAGUGUCAAUGCACUUGGGGGAAAUGGGUGAGAUGAAUCAAGGAUGGGCAGGCUUCAGACUUGCGUGAUCCACUUUAAACCACAACAACAGCCCCACAACCUCAAGCUCUGCCAGGCAGAGUGAAGUGCAGAAAGACCUGAGCACAUUCUGAACCGUGGGAAUUGGUUUCCAUGUUCAGAACUGAACUCCCUCCUUUUCUCACUCCUGCCUCUGACCCGGUUUCCCUUCGGGAAGAAAAGCACGUGGCGUCUCCCUCGAACUCGGAUCUUCUUCCCUCACGCUCGCACACCCCAUCCUCACGUUAUAUUAUACACCCGAAGCGGGAGGAGCAGAGCCGGUGGGUGAACAGGGACCCGGGACCCUCUAUUCCGCGGCAGCUCCCGGAGCAAGAGGGCGCAGGAGCGUGGCAAGAGCGCGCCGGUUCGGAAGAGGGAAGAAGCCAGUUUUCUAAAUCCCGCGGCUGGGCGGCGUCGGGCUUCGCAGGCCGCCGCCGCCGCCGGCCGCUUCCAUUGGUUGCCAGGCAACCGAGGCGGCGUCCGCGAGGGCGGCCAUUUUCUCUCGCUCGGGACGGGGAAAGCGUCUCUCUCUCUCUCUCAGCGGAAGGUGAGAGAAGCGGCGUCUCUCUCCAUCUCUCGGGUCGUCGUUCAGGAAUCUUGCAUGUGAAGAUGGCCAGCCAGCUGAAGCACAUUGAAAUUGUAGUCCAACAGCUUAAUCGUUUCAAUCCUGAAAAUGAAAGUGUUGGGCAUUUCUUGGAUGAAACAGCUGCUAAAGCAUUCCAGGCUUUCAGUGUAACAGAUGAAACCUUUUUGAUGGCAACUUUAUCUGGCUGUAUAGAAUAUAAACCUCUGUUGGAUGUGGUGGUCAAUGCAUUUUAUACCAGAGAUGGAAAACAUUGCCUGUUGUCUGAUCAUAAUCUUUACGCUGUUGUUUGUUAUUUGGCCACUUUUCAACUGGAUGAACUUGGACUUCAGCAGUUCUCAAGAAUGGUUAAGGCAGCAGAUCCUGUUAAAAUAUGUAAGUUCCUUAGAUUCUUUUUCGAUGUUGUAAAUUUGCACACAUGGAUAAAAGAUGAAUGGAACCAGAUAUAUGAUUCUGCCUAUGUAAAAGAAAACUGGAUCGACCCAUUGCUAAGAUGGCAGCCCAAAAUGAAACAACUGAUUGAUCAGCUUGAUGACAAAUCAAUUAAAUGCACUGCUACAGCGUCAAAGACAACUGAACCAAAGGCGUUUAACUUGACAGUCCCUAAUCCACGAGCUAUUAUGGUUCCUGAGCUAAUUCCACCAGUAGAAAAAACGAAGCCUGUUCCUAAAAGUACUUAUAAACCCCAAAAACUGAAGCAGCAGCUAGAAGGAAUUAAACUGAAGAAUCGUCGCAAAGCGGAGGAACUGCUGCUGGAAGCAAAUGUUAACCAGUUCUCCUGUGCAGCCCCCAAAUCUGGAUGUCACUGUGGUGCUGGUAUAAUUCAGACUGUUCCGGAGACCUUUCAAGCUCAGAAGAUCCAAGGGGAGAUUGACAACGUACCUGUGAAACUAAACACAACAGCGAUCUUAAGAGAAGGUGUCCUUUACCAACGAAAAGUGGAGCAGGAGCUUAAUAGAUUCCAGAAGCCAGCUCAUCAGAAGCUUGUUACUUGUUCAGGUGAUGACAAGGCCAGAGCCCUGCCUGAGGAGAAGGCAUACUAA